AUGGCCGGCCAACUCCCACAGUGGAAGCAGGACUUCCUCCAGGCCGCCAUCUCAGGCAAGAUUCUCAAGUUCGGCUCUUUCGAGCUCAAGUCCAAGCGCAUCAGCCCCUACUUCUUCAACGCUGGCGACUUCUACCGGGCCGACCUCUUGCGCGCCAUCUCCCUCGCCUACGCCCACGCCAUCAUCGAGGCGACCAAGGACGCCGCGAACCCGCUGCGCUUCGACAUUGUCUUCGGGCCUGCCUACAAGGGCAUCCCCCUCGCCACCGCCGCCGUAGACAAGCUCGCCGAGCUCGACUCGGCCACCUUUGGCCACACCUGCUACUCCUUCGACCGCAAGGAGGCCAAGGACCACGGCGAGGGCGGCAACAUUGUCGGCGCCCCUCUCAAGGGCAAGCGAGUCCUCAUCGUCGACGACGUCAUCACUGCCGGAACCGCCAAGCGCGAGGCCAUUGCCAAGAUUCGCGCCGAGGGCGGCGAGGUUGCCGGCAUUGUUGUCGCGCUUGAUCGCAUGGAGAAGCUGCCGUCGCCCGACGGCGAUGACUCCAAGCCCAUGCCCAGCGCCAUGGGCGAGAUCAAGAAGGAGUACGGUAUCCCCAUCUACGCCAUCCUGACGCUGGACGACAUCAUCGAGGGCAUGAAGGGAUUCGCUUCUGAGGAGGACACGAAGCGCACUCAGGAGUACCGGGCCAAGUACAAGGCUAGCGAUUAA